CUUUCUCAUCAAAAUUUAUUCACUCCAAACGAAUCUAAUAUCCAUCAAGAUGCCGUUCAUUCCGGGGGACAAUGGUAUUGCCGAUUCCAGAGUUGCGAGCGGAAACACAGGUCCAACAAGCUCUCGGAAGCGAGUAAGGGACUCUGACUGUGAAGCUCCACGGGCCAAGGUUGCGAAAACAGGUCAAGAGGAUGAUAAGCUAGCAGAUCUCAAGUCGAGCCUCGCAAAUGCCGCGACGAUACUUGAUGCCGCCAUGUCGGAGAUCCGUGAAACCAAGGCGGAUAUCAAGCAACGCAAGAUCCAUUUAAAGGGGCUCAUCGCCGAAUUCCACGACGUCACGGCCAUGGUCACAGAGCGAAGUGUAGCCUACAUGGCUAGCCUCAGAGAGGAAAAACUUAAGAAGGAGAACGCAAGCUUAAGAGAUCGCAUUAAGAGACUGGAAGAAGCCUCACCAGAUGAGAUAAAGAGGGAAAUAGACCAAGAAUCACGUUCGCGACGCCGCGCCAAAUCAUAUGGCUGCAAGGCAUCUAUCGAUGACCCUGAUGUUAACGAUAAGGCACCCAAACAAGGGGAGUGAGGACUAACUACCAAGAAUGUGGUAUGGAGCCUCUUUUGCUAGAGUUGGAGAACGAGACCAAUAGGGAUAGUAGUUAGAGCCACUCGUGUGGUACCACAAUC